AUGAGACCUUCAUUUGUAUCUUUGAAAUCGGUUAGGGUUCCACUUCCAACCCCAACUAUAAAACCCUUCGAAAUUCCACCACUUUCAUCCAUUAGUUAUAAGAACUUGCCAAACACUGGUUUUGGCAUCCACAACUAUUCUAUCACCAAGACCAAGUUCAAGCACUGGCCAGUAUACUUGAAGAUCCAGAACACCAAGAUCAGUACCGAAGUAAAGAGAAUUCAGGGAGAUGUUGUCCAAUUUAAGAAUGAUUUGUUAGCCUUGAACCCUAACCUUGAAAUUACCGUGAACCAGAACAUUGGUUACGUCAACAUAAAGGGUGAUGUUGUCAAUGAGAUAAAGAAAUAUUUUGAUGAGAACAUUGAAAGCUCUAUAUAA